CUAGCGUCAGCGCAGUGCGGAUUGCGGAAGUGACGUAAAAUUGAACGCGCACGCACGUGUGUAGCGCAGCGCGUUUCUGCAGCACAUGUGUGUGUGUUUAUGUGACUGUAAGGACGCUGAUCGGAACCUGUCUGAAACUCGAGCGGCACUGUGUCGGUCAUGACGGGGGAACACGAGCGGUAUCCGCCGCCGAACUUCAGCGCAGCAGCGGAGCCUCCGGCGGCGCGUCACUGGACCGGAUCCACGCCGCAGAGCAGCCGCAGCUUCGAGGCGUCACGAGACUGGAGCUGGACCCAACCGGCACACAGCGAACCCUGGCCCGGACACCAGCAGCACACAGGUCCUCUUCAUCAUCAUCAUCAUCACUAUCCUCAGGCUCCUCGUCACGGCUGGAGGGGUCCAGCGCAGCAUCACUGGGGGGGGAAGAGGCAGCAGAGAGAGCCUGAGUUCAGUCAUUUCUGUGACACGUGUGACAGAGGAUUCAAAACUCAAGACAAAUACGAUGAGCACAUCUCGCAGCACGUGAAGUGCUCUGUCGAAGACUGUCUCUUCAGUGCACACGAGAAGCUGGUGAAGAUCCACUGGAGAAACAAUCAUGCUCCAGGAGCCAAGAGGAUCAAACUGGACACUGCAGAGGACAUCGCCAGAUGGAGAGCCGAGCGACGCAAAAACUACCCCACGCUGAGAAACACGGAGAAGAAGCUGAAGCUGAUGGAGGUGAAGGAGCAGCGAGGAGACGUGCUGGAGACGGCUCAGUUCAGUCGCAUCAGGAGCCGGGGCAGGGGACGAGGAUCUGACCGCUGGAGAUGUGAAGGCUCGAGCUGUGAGACGGAUCUGAAGCGGCCGCAUCAGGACAGUGACCCUCUCGCGGCUCUCGUCGGCAGUGACCCCGAGUCUGAUAAGGACGAGUCUGUUCAGCAGACGCAGACUGGACUCACUGUCGCCCCGAAGAGUGUGACCUCUGCCCUCGGGUCACUGAUGUCCAGCUACGGGGACGAUAUGACCUCCAGCGAGAGCGAAGGAGACACGGACGACGCUCCAGUGCUGAGAGUCAGUCAGGCUUUAGAGGAGAAUAAGAUGCUCCUGAAUCCUCAUCCACUUCCUGUCCAGAGGAUCCCAGCGCCGCACGAGGAGAAACACACACACACACCACAGCAAUCCCAUCAUGCCCCGGCCGGCAGAGGAAGAGGACGAGGGACGAGAGGAGGACGAGGAGGUAACACCAGUAACCCUCCUGGAACACAGAGACAUCGAGCAACACUACUAGAGAUGUUACUGGCUCCUGACAUCCGUCACGAGAGGAACGUGGUUCUCCAGUGCGUCCGUUUCAUCGUCCGCUGUGGGUUCUUCGGUCUGGCUGCUAAAGACUCUCACGAGAUCAGUGUGUCUGAGAACACAAGCGCUGAGGACGUCAGUGGAGACGGAGCGAUCGACCAAUCACAAGAGAGCGCUGCUGAAGACAGGCGUGUGUGUGUGAGUCCGGAGCGGAGCGGUGUGCUCCAGCAGCUGUUUGCUCAGCGCUUAGUGUGUGACGAGGCGGAAGAAACACCCUCCUGAUGUCACACACUCACAAACCCUUUCUUUUUCUUCUUUUUUUCACCGGUUAUUUUUAUUUACUAAUGUGUUUGGUCUUUCAAAAGAAAAGACUCCUGACUGUUGAAUGGAUAUGAAUUGGUUUGAUCUGUAUUUUGAGCUGUAGCUGUAGUAAAUAAAGCGGUGUGUGUGAAUCUGUGAUUGAUUUGUGUCACAUCCGCCAAGACCUUCGUCAGACCUUCAGCAGCUCCUCGUCGUCUUCAGAUCAUGUCGAUCCUAAUAAAAUAGUGCCUUUUUUAUGAUGCAAUUAAAUAAUUGUGAACUCAA